UCCCAGUGCACUAGAAUCUCAGUCACUUUCUGUCAAAUACACAACUUCACCAGCUCCUGGUUGCUGCAUCUCCAACAACUAACUAUAUAUUGGUUAAAAAAAAGAACUGGGAUUUUCCUGUUGGGACCAGCAAUACACACAUUGGAUUUACAGAAGCAGCUGACUGAUGCCGGGAUAGAAAGAACAGUAAGAUAACAGUUUCCUCUGCAAGUUUAAAGGGACAUUAUGAUUCUAGCAUUUUAGUUUUAAAGAAAAUCCUACAAAGGAGUUACAUAUACAGUGAAAAACAAUCCCCAAUGUCUGAGACUCCAAGUCCUUUUGAGAGUGUCAAUGUCACAACGGCCUGGAUAAAUGAUGAUCGUGACCCAUACGUGGUGAAAUGGAACAUUGGCAUCCUUGCACUUAUCUUUGCCUUUGCCACAUUUGGAAACUGCCUGGUCUUGUUCACCCUACUGAGACGGAGAAAGCACAAUGCUCUCAUGCACACAUUCAUGAUCCACCUCUGUCUUGCGGAUUUGGUGGUUUCCUUCUUUCAGGUUCUUCCACAGCUAGUCUGGGACAUCACUGAUCGUUUUCAAGGUCCAGAUGUUGUUUGUCGAGGAGUUAGGUAUCUUCAGGUAGUCGGAAUGUUUGCUUCCUCAUAUAUGAUUGUGGCAAUGACCUUUGAUAGACAUCAGGCAAUUUGCCGGCCAAUGAUGACCUUUAAGAAAGGUUCUGCAAGAUGGAAUGUUCCUGUCUGCUUAGCGUGGCUGAUCUCUGCCAUACUUAGUCUUCCACAAAUCUUCAUUUUUUCCAUGAAAGAUGUUGGCAAUGAUGUGUAUGACUGUUGGGCGACAUUUGUGGAACCGUGGGGUGUUAAAGCUUAUGUGACAUGGACUGCUUUGGUGGUUUUCAUCUUACCAACUCUCUUCAUUGCCACAUGUCAAGUGCUUAUCUUCAGGGAGAUUCACAACAGCUUGUAUCUUGGAGCAGAGCGGUCACCUGGGUCAAGGAGGAAGGGCAAGCUAAUGGGCAGCAGGAAUGGUGUGCCGCCAUUGGUAGAUUCCGGAGUGACCAGUGCCAUGUCAAAGACGGUCCGAAUGACGCUUGUUAUUGUGCUGAUAUACGUAGUUUGUUGGGCUCCAUUCUUUAUUGCUCAGCUGUGGAAUGUAUGGAAGACCAAACAAGAUGAAAACAAUUCAGUCAUGAAUAUCCUUAUGCUUCUUGCAAGCCUCAACAGCUGCACCAACCCCUGGAUCUAUACCAUCUUUAGCAGCAGUGUCUCCAAGGAUGUUCAGGCCAUCUUAUGCUGUAUGUGCAGGACAAAACGGCGCAAAAACUCUCUGCCAGAGGACUCGUGUUUCACUGGCAACUCUUCUCUUCCUAAGGAGUCUCUUUAUUGACAGUGUUGAGAGGAAGAAACCUGGACAUAUUGAGGAGACCACUGUAGAUACUGCUGUAUGAAGGGUGGGAAGUGAAGUGGAUGAAGGCCACCAUAUCAUAGCAGAUAUGAAAGAAAAAAAUAUUAUGAAGACUCCAAGAGGAAAACUAUAUCCUUAUAAUUAAUAACUAAGAUACAAAAUCCCUUAUUUAGACCAAGAACUGGCCAAAUCCAUUUUUCUAUAAAGCAGAAACAGUAGUGGCUACUGGCGUUUUAUCUACAUGAACCGAUUCCUCACUUUAACUGAGAAUCUCCUACUUUAGACAAAAAAAACCAAAGUACUUGCACACACUGACUUGAAGGAUCUCUACUUGAGGAAUUCUCCUUGUGGUACUAAGUAUAAUAUAUGUCUGAACUUUCUGGAUUUUUCAAGACAGAUGUCAGUGUGGAACAUCACAACAGUAGACCGACAUCUGCUGAAUCCUCAAAACAUGAAGAAACCUAUGAUCCUCUUUGGAUCACUUUGAUAAACUCCCUAUUAAGGCAAUGUGUUCUCUUAUAUGAAUAUUUUAUUACAAAAAAAAAAAAAUUGUUGGGUCAAAGGGCAAGGGACCAGUAUCCCAUGCUCUGUGUAUUGUUUCCUUGGAAGAAUCUAAAGAUCUGCUUCUCAGGAAUAGCAUCAAUAUCAUUCUGGAACAAGAUUCCAAGUAUUGAUAUUUAACAGAGACAAUUAACAAAUACAAUAUAUGUUAACAUUUAAUAUAUGAAAAGAGAGAAUGUAAAAAUAUUGUAUAUAUAUUGGGUUCAGUCAUACUCAUUUGUCAUUUAUCAAAAGAAGAAUGAAAAUUAUUCAUUUAUUAUGAACCACUACGCACUGAUUCUUAGUUGUGAUUCAUUCACAUAUGGCACCUUGUUAAUUAAUUCAUUUAUUAUGCUUAGAUUCAAUAACUUAUUGUGUUAGCCUAUUCACUUAUUGUGAUAUACAAUAAACGGGUUCCAAGUAGUUAUUCAUUCACAAAUUGAAGCACACUGUUUCAUAAAGGGUAGGUUCAUUUAUUCUCACUGCAGACUAAUUGGUCUACGUAUUCAUUAAAUUACUUUAAAUAAAUAUUAAUUAAUGUAUAA